AAAGAAAGAAAGAUGGAAACACAUAAAAAAGCAAAAUACUCUUAACCAUCCAAGAACAACAAGAGCCAAAGGGUUUUCUUUUCUCACUUUCUCCCCCACUAAUUAUUAUUAUCAGGUUUUCCUCUCUUUCUUUAAUUUAAAUAAUUUUCUCUUCUCCAUUAUUUUGUCCUUUCACCAACCCCUUUUUUCUGGUUUGGUGGUGGAUUUGUUUUUAUUGUUGAUGAUGGUAAAGGGGUUUUAAGGUAACAUAUAAUUUGUUGUUAUAUGUUGAUUUGGGGUUUCUUUAAUCCUUUUGCUGUUGUUGAAAUGGAUGUAAAGGUGUCUUUUUUUGUUUGAUGGAGUUGGAUCUUUCAUUGGUUUAAAAAAGAGAGGAAAAAAAAAAAAAACCAACUUUGGGUAUUGUGUAAAAUUUGCUAAAGGUGGAGGCUUUGUUUGAGUUUUGUGAUUUUGAGUGGAUUCUUGAGCUUGUUUUGGCUUAUGGGUGUUUCUUGGAAGAAUUGAUUGUUUAGUUUUUGGGGUGUUGGAUUGAUUGGUCUAAAAAAAAUGGAAGAAGAUAGAGUAGUUUUUGUUGCGGGAAGUGAAAACUUAGAGAAUGGGAUCAAGAUUAAUGGAGAAGAGUCUCAGUGUUUCGAGAUGGAAGUUGAAUCUUGUGGUGUAAGCAAUGAGAUUGUAGUUUUUCCUUCAUCAGAGAAUGGUGAAGGAAGCAAUAAUGGUAAUAACGUGGUGUUUUCGAGAGAAUCUCCGCUUGUAAGUAAGGACUUUAGAUCAUCCACUUGUAAUUGUGGAGUUAAUAAACUUAAAUCCAGAUUGGCUAGUAGUUCAGACGGUGGUGAGAUUGGAAAGAACGAGAAGUCUGGGCAUGAUAAGAAGCUUAAUAGACAAGAGAGGAUCGAGUUAGGUCGGUUGUUUCAAGGUGCCGUGAGUUGCCAUGAUUGGGAGCUUGCCGAGAGUUUGAUUCUACUGGCAGAUCCCCAAACUCUAAAUGAUGCGUUGUGCAUUGCUUUAGAUUCGAUAUGGUUUUUAAGUACGCAACAAGAGUUGUAUGGGAUAACAGGGUUGAUUAAGAAGAUCAUUUCUAAUGGUGCCUUUGAUUUCACGCGGGCAGCUCUAAGGACUUCGUUUCUUGCUUCUUGUGUUUCUGCUUGCCAGAGUCGAACCGUGAGCCUCGCUGAUACUGUGACUGUAAUGGCACAAAGGUUGCAUGAACGACUUAAAGAGUGCAAUGGGGAUGAAAUUUUGAAGGCAGAAGCUGGUGCUAAGGUCCAGAAGUUCACUGAAUGGGCUUUAAAAUGCAUUGGUUUCCAUUCCCGCUGCCAAGGGAACAGGGAUAGGGAUGGGCAGAAUGCUGCUUUUGAAAUACAACUACAGUUGUCGGCUUUCAAGACCUUCCUCGAUCUUGCUGGGAACCACCUUACAGGAAAGGACUUCACAGAGGCAUUUGAUGCAGCUUGCUUCCCGCUUACACUCUUCUCUACUUCAUUUGAUCCUGGCUGGGCAUCAGGUAUUUCAGCUACUGCAAUCCAAGGAUUGCUUGGCAUGUUGGUGGAGGGCGGUGCAGACAAUGUCAAUCAAUGCUUUCUUGAAGCAUCGCGUUUUGGAAGCACUGAGCUUGUCCGCAUUCUCUUGCAGAUUGCUCAAAGAAAUAGCUUGGAUGUUGAUGUCGACCUAGCUCUGGGAUUUGCUUCCCAUUAUGGUAAAAUUGGAACUAUGGAAUGUUUAGUUGAAGAAGGGAACGCAAUGCAAUUCUUGGGACCUUUGAUGAGAGCUGCCGAACGGGGCUGCAUGCAAGUAGUUGACUGGUUUGUCAAAAGAGGUUGCCGAGACAUGGAACUAUGUCUGGCCCUCACAGCUGCUACCUCCAGUAGUCAGGUUGAAGUUGCUGAAUAUCUCCUCCCGCACGUUCCUCAGCAUAUUCUUGCUGCCCUGAGCAUCGAGAUUCUUAAGGCUGCUGGUGAAAGAAGUAGCGGGUCCCUUGAUGGAGUAGCAUUUCUCCUAAGUUCAGACUUCCUCGGCGAUCCUGCUGCAACUUAUGCUGUCGCGGAUAGCAUCGCUAAGUCCGAUGAUGAGGCAGUCGCUCCCGAGCUCAGGUCUUUCCUUCGGGAGCAUUGGUCGGAAGCUGCUUUCUCAGAUGGACUAAGGCAAGGACAAGAACACUACUGCAACCUCGUGCGUAUUUUGAAAUGGGGAGAAUCUCCCGUGUGUUUGAGGGACAUUCCGGGGCCUUUGAGGAUAGCAAUAGCAUACCUGCCACUGUAUAGAGAAUGUGUCGAGGCAAGGGGUUGUUUGUUAUCACAAAGACUUAGGGGGCAACUUGUGGAAGCAGCAAAAAGGCUCGACGGUAUAGUGCUGGAAGAGGUAAACCAAGGAAGAGAAUUAUUGGCUGUUUUAGAGCAUCAUCUUCCUCCAUUUUUGCAUAGUAAUGCAUCCAAUGCUGCUUAGGAUGAUAAUAAUCAUCUUUUAGAUUUUGAAAUUUUCACCUCUCUCUCUUCACUACUCACCCUUCACAAGUAUAAUAACACAAUAGUUGGUGCAUUGAAGGUGAGCAAAAAGCCCUCUUAAGGUUGGUCAAUUAUCUUAAUGAACCAGUAGAUCCUUUGUUGGCUUAGAUAAUUGUACCUGCAGAGAGUGUUCUACAAUGCAAUACUCUGAUGUGUAUGUUGAGUAACUACAUUCAGCAGCAAAUGGCCAUGCAAUGUUGAAAAAUACUUCUUA